CUCCCUUCCCACUCUCCCCCCUCCGUCGGCUCCUCCGAUGGCGGCCACGCCUCACUCGGUCACCACCCUCGACGACGUGGAGCAGCUGCUGUUGUCCUCCCAGAGGUCCAUGGAGAAGGGGGAGGAUGUCCCAUGCUGCCAACUCAAGCCGGACGCGGCCAUCAACGCCGCCGUCAAGCUCAAGGCCAUGGUUGACUCCGGCGCCGUCCGCCUCGUCAACCCGCGGAUGCUGGCCAACAAGCUGCAGGCCAAGGCCUCCGUGGAAGAAGGGAUCCAGGACUUGAUCGACCGGACGCCGUUCUCGCCCCGGGAGAUGCAGGCGCUGGACGAGAGCAUCGCCAUGCUCAAGAACAGGCUCCAGACCCCCUACGCGGUCGCCUACCCGGAGUCCAUGGUGACUGGUGAGCCAGCUCCCCCCCUCCCCCUCUAUUGCUGCUAAUUAUUUACUGAUAAAAAACUGCUAAAAUUUGGUUGCUUGGCAGAGUACGUGGUAUCAGGUUACUCACUGACUAUAGAGUGGACCGAUAGAGUAUGUAAGCUACUCUAGUAGGAGUAUCAUUUAUCAGUUGUGAUUUGGUUGUAGUUUAUCCUAUGU